ACAGCAAUGGGAGUGUCGGAUGACGCCGGAGCUUCGCUCACCGAAACGGUAGGCUUAAAGAGACAACAGCGAAGCCGGGCUAGUCUUUAGUGGGGAAUUAAAUCACUUUUCAAAGCAUAAAUAAAGGACCAUGUCGCGGCAUACUACAUAGGGGACUCGCACGCAGGUAUCCAGAGAAAGACGGACUAAACUUCUCACACCCAUUCCUGCUGGUUCUGUCUGAGUCUGCUUAUAGCAGUGUUAGAACAUGAAGAAUGUUCACGGUAUUAUCCAAGACUGACUUCAAGGAAACCAUGAGGAGCACAAGGGGACGUUCACUUGUUUGGUGCCACUAGCAGGAAUAGUGUAUGUCAGUGUUGAGGAGCGUGUGUGGGUGGAUGUGUGAGUGCGUGCGUGCGCGUCUGUAUGUGUGCGUAUGCUAGCAUAACCUGCCUGCUUCAGGCAGUGACAUGCUUCUUUAAGGGCAACUGCACAGUAAAGGAGUCCCAUCCACCAAAGGAUUAAUGCAAGGACGGCGCUUUCGGUGAUACUCACCACGUCUGCAGAAGACAUCGGUUUCUGCUCCUCAAAAGUCACCAGUAUAUAGAUACUUUUAAACCCCUUCACUCAUUUAGUCUUCUCGCCAUCGUCCCCACACAUUCCCUGGGGGUUGUUUUGAAACUUCUCUGUUUUGCAUGGCAGGGGAGUAACCGUGGAGAGGCCAGGGUAUCACAAGCUUAUGGAUUUUGAGAAGAGAGGUGGGAAGGGAGAGACAGAGGAAGGGAAAAGGAUGUCGAAAGCAACUGGUAGUAGGACUGUACAUGGAGGCCGGGCAACGGGGAGCAACUCUGGGGUCCUCAUGGUCGGUCCCAACUUCAGAGUUGGGAAAAAGAUCGGCUGUGGAAACUUCGGUGAACUGCGGCUGGGAAAAAAUCUGUACACAAACGAAUAUGUGGCCAUCAAAUUGGAGCCAAUCAAAUCCAGAGCGCCUCAACUCCAUUUGGAAUAUAGAUUUUAUAAACAGCUGGGAAAUUCAGAGGGAGUUCCUCAGGUCUUUUACUUUGGGCCUUGCGGGAAGUACAACGCUAUGGUUCUGGAACUGCUUGGGCCCAGUCUGGAGGACCUGUUUGACCUUUGCGACCGCACUUUCUCCCUCAAGACCGUCCUAAUGAUAGCUAUUCAACUGAUAACACGGAUGGAGUAUGUUCACACACGGAGCUUGAUAUAUCGAGACGUCAAGCCAGAGAAUUUUUUGGUGGGGCGGCCGGGGUCCAAGAGGCAGCACACCAUUCAUAUCAUCGACUUCGGGCUUGCCAAAGAAUACAUAGACCCCGAGACCAAAAAACACAUCCCAUACCGAGAGCAUAAGAGCCUGACUGGCACUGCCCGAUAUAUGAGUAUCAACACACAUUUGGGAAAAGAACAAAGCAGAAGGGACGACCUAGAAGCACUGGGCCAUAUGUUUAUGUACUUCCUAAGAGGCAGUUUGCCCUGGCAGGGCUUGAAGGCGGACACACUGAAAGAACGAUACCAGAAAAUUGGCGACACCAAGCGAGCUACACCGAUCGAAGUGCUAUGUGAAAGUUUCCCAGAGGAGAUGGCCACCUAUCUGAGAUAUGUGAGAAGACUGGACUUCUUUGAGAAACCAGAUUACGACUACCUGAGGAAGCUCUUCACAGACCUCUUCGACAGGAAUGGCUACGUCUUUGAUUACGAGUACGACUGGGUCGGCAAGCCUCUCCCGACACCUAUAGGCCCCAUCCCCACAGACACACCCCAGCCGAGCAGCAGAGACAAAGCACAACCGCAGACCAAAAACCAGUCACCUGAACUCAAAGGAAGUGAGUCCCAUCCCACUUCAGUGACCAAUAAGGAGACUCUGGGGUCGCAUCUCACGGGCGAGAGGCUGGGGGGCUCAGUGCAGGUCAUGAGCUCCACAAAUGGAGAGCUGAACACAGACGACCCAACCGCAGGACACUCCAAUGCUCCCAUCACUGCACCCGCUGAGGUAGAGGUGGCAGACGACACAAAGUGCUGUUGUUUUUUUAAGAGAAGAAAGAGGAAAGCUCUUCAAAGGCACAAGUGAAGCUCACUCUUUGAAAAGAACUUGAUACAUUCUGGUCACUGUUAAGUUUGAAAUGCAAGCAAAUACACAGAUCUCUCUCUCUUUCUCUGUCUUUCUGUCUAUAUCUCUCUUUCUGUUCCCAUCACACUUUCUUUCAUAGAUGCUUCACCACUUAAUGGAGUGCAAAGGAAUGUUGUUGACUGUCCAACAGACUCUGGUUCCUUCAAAAAAAAAAAAAAGAGAAUGAAGAUAUAUGAUACAAGAUGUGUAAAAAGAAAAGAAAGAAAUCACACAUAAACAUUCAAAAAGAUUAAAAGAACAUGAUGAUAUGAGAGUAAUUGAUUAUAUAAGAACCCCAGUGGUGUGAACUAAAAAAAGAUGCUGUUUGACACGGUGUAUACUAGAUUCCAUGCAGAGCAUUUAUUGUUCAUUGAUCAGGGGAUGAAACAUCAGUGAACGGAUGAUUGUGAUUUAAGUUUUCUUAGAAAUAAUUCUUAUUUGUGACAAAAGCCUGAGGGCAGGAGUCGCCUCUGCACUGGGAAUGAACCCCACCAAAUUACAAAUAGCAGGACACAUUUCAUCUCAACCAGACUCUGGAGUCUUUUUUUCCUGUAAUUAAAUUUUUUGAUUUUUGUUGACAGGAAUCUCUGGGUUGUAAAGCAGUUGUUGUGUCCUGGAAAUGCUUUCUUUUUGUCCUUUUUUGUCUUUUUUUUUUUUUUUUUUUUUUUUUUAAAUAGAAAUUCUUCCAUUUUUUUCUGUCAUUGUGGACUCUGUAACACAGUUACUGGCCUCAGGUACUGUGGGCGAUGGAGAGACAAAUGGAUAUUAUUCUCUUGUCAUUGUUGUUAUUGCACUUUUGGGAAAAAAAGAACACAACACAGUGGGCUUGCAAUGAAACGACGAGAAAAGCGUCAGACAAUAUAAACUGAUGUUGGAGCGCUCCCACACAGGGCUGAUUUCUGUUCAAGGACCGUUAAAGGAAAAGAAGAAAAAUGUACUUCUGUUUUAUUUCUCACAUCAAAGUUUAUUUACCAGGAAAUCAUAGUUUGUGCCUUUCCAAGUAAAAUGUUUAAAAUCUAA